AUGGAUGAUGGAAGUGGGCUAGGUGGACGUGCAAACGGAGACGUGUGCAUGUCAGAUCGGCUCAUUCCAUCACGAGGUUCGUGCAGUGAAGUCCGACAGCUAAAGCUGGAAAGAGAUGAGAAUUGGGCGCCGCAGAACGAGUACCACGAGGUCCUUUCACAAAAUGUGCUGGGCAAGGAGGCCCUGAGCAAUGUGAAGAUCUUAAGCUACCAGCACAAGCCAAUGAAGCAGGAACCAACGCUAAGCGAGUUGAGGGUGCUCUACAGCAGCAACCGGGAUGGCACCAAAAAUGGGGUCAGGACGUGUAGACAGCUUCCUCAAAGCGCCGCCAAAGUUCUGGAUGCGCCUGGCAUGCUUGACGAUUUCUACAGUCACCCCAUUGAUUGGUCAUCGCAGAAUGUUGUGGCAGUCGCAUUGUCCGACAUGGUCUUUCUUUUUCACGCAGCUACAGGCAGCACUCAGAAGCUGCUACAGUUGUCGAGCGGUUCUGUGACAACUCUCCGUUGGACGGAGGCAGGGGGUCACCUGAGUGUCGGCGCAUCAUCAGGUGAGGUGCAGAUCUGGGAUGCAGUGGCCCAGCGCCAGUUGCGAAAUCUUCGUGGACAUGCUGGCCGAGUCGGGGCGCUGGCCUGGCACACUCACAUGCUCAGUAGCGGCUGUGCGGAUGCAGAAAUCCAUCAGCAUGAUGUUCGCGUACGUGAUCACCUUGUCAACCGAAUGACUUCUCACGCAGACUUAGUCUGUGGCCUUGACUACAACUGCGAAGGGAUGCUAGCUUCAGGCGGCAAUGACAACCUGGUUUGCAUUUGGGAGACUCCAACCUCCUCCAGCCCUUUGCACACAUUCACAGAGCACCAGGCUGCAGUCAAAGCAAUCCGGUGGUGCCCAUGGCAACGGCAUGUUCUUGCGACAGGUGGAGGCUCGGCAGACCGCCAAGUUUGCCUGUGGAACGCUGCAAGCGGCCGAAUGCUGAUGUCUACGCACGCGGAGAGCCAGGUCACUGGGAUCAUCUGGGGGCAGCAGGAGAGAGAACUUCUUACAGCUCACGGGUACUCCAGGAAUCAGCUGUCCCUUUGGAAGUACCCUUCGCUAGUCAAGGUUGGUGACUUGGAAGGGCACGAAGGGCGGUUGUUGGGCCUGGCACAGAGUCCAGAUGGCUCGCUUGUGUGUUCUUCAUCUGCUGAUGAGACGCUCCGCUUCUGGCGCGUCUUUUCUCCUGUGGGUGCUGACAAGCGGGCUUCGAACAGCCAGACCACGAACAAUAUCUUGAAAACAAUCCGAUAG